GUCGAUAAACGAUUAUUUUCUUAUACCCCAUCUGCUUAUUUUUUUAAUUAAAGGCAAGUGGUCAGAAUGUAAAAAUAAAAAAACUUCAUGUCAAAGGAAAGAAGACAAAUGAGUCCAGGAAAAACAAGAAAGGGACGGUUGCUGGGGACACUGAGGAUGAAGACUCUGCUUCCACAAGCAGCUCCCUGAGAAGAGGAAGCAGAGAUUUCAAAAAGAGGAAAAUGGAGGAGAGCCCUUCCGUCAGCUUAUCUAAAGUAGAAAGUGCUCCUUCUGUUAAGAAACCCAAAAGAGACGACGCCAAGGACCUGGCUCUUUGCAGUGUGAUCCUGAAUGAAAUGGAAACUCAUGAGGAUGCCUGGCCUUUUCUACUUCCGGUAAACUUGAAGCUUGUACCUGGGUACAAGAAAGUCAUCAAGAAGCCUAUGGAUUUUUCUACAAUCAGAGAAAAGCUAAACAAUGGACAGUACGCCAGCUUUGAGACCUUUGCUCUAGAUGUCAGGCUUGUGUUUGACAACUGUGAGACAUUUAAUGAAGAUGACUCCGACAUAGGCCGAGCUGGCCACAGGAUGAGGAAGUACUUUGAAAAAAAGUGGACAGAUACCUUCAAAGUGAGCUGAAGUUGUAAUCUCCUUUUUCUCCUUUUCCUUUUCAACAAGGACAAACAAGACCAGCAAUGUGAACUGCAUUUACACAGAUGUGCAAGGCACAUGCGUACUAACUUUUUUCCUUGA